AUGAAGGAGAAGAAAAAUGUCUUGAUCGGCUGUACGGGUAGUGUGGCCACGAUCAAGCUACCGGUGUUGGUGGAAAAGCUUUACCAAUUGAGUGAGGUCGACGUCGAUGUACAGAUUGUGGUCACGGAACACGCGCAACACUUUUUCUCCCGUAGCGAGCUACCCGAAACGGUCCUACUACACACGGAUCACGACGAAUGGAGUGCCUGGCAACGGCGUGGUGAUCCGGUGCUUCAUAUCGAACUCGGCAAGUGGGCCGAUUUGCUCGUCAUUGCUCCGCUGGACGCCAAUAGUCUCGCGAAGAUGGCCGGCGGAUUGUGUGAUAAUCUGUUGCUCUGCACAACGCGCGCCUGGGACCCACAAAAACCGUUACUCUUCUGCCCGGCCAUGAACACCCGUAUGUGGGAACAUCCGAUCACGGCGUCACAGAUUGAAACACUUAAAUCGUGGGGUCACCGGGAGGUUUCUUGCAUCGCGAAAACACUCAUGUGCGGUGAUACGGGGCUCGGGGCGAUGGCCGAAGUCGAAACGAUCGUUGCCACCGUACGCGAAACUCUGCUGGCGCAAAAACGAUGA